AUGGCCAACAUCUACGCCGAGAUGGCAAUCGACAAAAUGGUCAAAGCGGCUGAAGAACAUGAUCCCUACGACAAGAUCUUCACCUUUAACGACAUACCAUACGUGCUGCUGAAGCCCUACAACGCGUCCCACAAGGCGGUGUUCGCAGAUCGGCAGAUGGUUCCACCUUACUUCUGCGCCUUGCCAUUCUUCCAGCACGAGCGUGACGCCAAAAAGGAGCCUGCAGUUGCGAAAGCGUGGAAGGCUAUGGUUUUGUCGGUCGAAAGGGAGAUCUCGUUGGUGGUCUAUGCGAGGGAGACGCCGUGGUAUAUGGUGGAGUUGGCUCCCAUUAUGAAGAAUUGGUCUGUCGUGCCCACUCUCGAGUAUGGGUUUACGAUUCCUGCGUCGGUCGUGAUUCAAACGCCAAUACCGACAUUGACAGCGACAUCGAAAUCGACAGCACCACCACUGUCAACGACCCAACAUCCUGCUCCAACAUCCUCCCCCAGUAGGAGCACCAACCCGUACCAGACAGCCUCGAACAAUCCUGGACUCUACAGCCUUGUAGCCCCGUUCGUCAUCACCUUCCAUCUGAUCGUCCAAAAAGCCGUCCUCUCCGCCACCAACUACGUCCGUCAACACUUCCUCAAUCUACCGCCACUGCAGGUCCUCCCUCUACGGAUCCAGUAUCUCCUCAUGCUAUGGGAACUCUCGGUACUGUCCGCUGCAAUAAUUAUCAUCAACUCCUUUCAGCAGACUAUUUCAGCCCGCAACGCGAGUCAGGUCGUGCUACCGACGUGGUCGGACGUUGAGGUUGGGAGCUACUCGAAUGGGAGCUGUUUGAUGGUUCCGCAGGGUUGUUUGCCUUGUGCGCAGGGCAUCUGCGAGUCGGCGCCUGGUGUUCAUGGGUGUGGGGAAUGUUUGGAUGUGGCGAAUAUUGAAGUUUACCAGUAG